AGUCCAACACGCUUUCUCCUCCUUCGCACCCGUAUUACCCAGUCUCUUCGUUCGUCUACAUCCAUAUCAUACAAUCUCCUCUCUCAUUAUUGUUUUUCCCUCCUACCAAAGGAAAAAGUCAAGAUGGUCUUUACCGUAGAGGUCAAGCCCUUCGGCGCCGGUAAGAUGAUUUGGCUCAGCACCAACGUCCUGCGCGUCGGCCUCGCCAACUUCGGCGCUACCAUCAGCUCUGUCAAGGUCUUCCAUCCCUCGAAACAGCAAUGGAUUGAGGUGAACUGCGGUUUCUCGCAGAACCCCGACGAGGCGGAGGCGGACACAGAUUACAUGGGCGUGACGGUCGGUCGUUGCGCUGGUCGCAUCGCUCAUGCGAAGUUUAAGCUGGACGGCCGCAUUUAUCACACGGAUAAGAACAUGGACUGCGGCCACACCUGCCACGGCGGCGUCGGCGCCUACCACAAGAAACACUGGGGUUACGUCGUGAUCCAGACGCACGACGUGAUUGGCGUGAAGUUCAACUACACAAGCCCCCACAUGGAGAACGGCUUUCCGGCGGAGCUGUACAACACGGUUACGUACACCAUCCACAAGAAGACCCCCAACGCGUUGCGCACGCAGCUCGAGGCCUGCAUCACCGACUCGAGCCCGGCAGAAGCGACCCCCGUCAACAUCUUCAACCACGCCUACUGGAACCUGAACGGCGUCCCGGAACGCAGCGGGGCGAUGGCGGCGGACAGCGACGCAGUGUGGAAGCAGCCGAAAAACGUGCGCAACCACUGGGUGCGUGUGCCGGCCAGCCGUGUGGCGCAGGCCGACCGCUACGCCAUUCCCACCGGCGAGUACGUUGAUGUCUCCGGCACGUCGCUUGACUUCCGCCAAGGCCGUGUGCUGAAGGAUGGCAUGGACGAUGUGAAGCUGCUGGACCGCGACCCCUGCGGCUACGACCACCCCCUCGCCAUUGACAACUGGCGGAAGGGGAAGCUGAUCCUCAACGGCGAGGCAAAGAGCCCCGUAACAAACAUUCGCAUGAAGGUCUACUCCACCUACCCAUGCAUGUGGGUGUACUCGGCGAACAACAAGAAGUUGCCGAGCAGCGGCAAGCCCGGCGACCGCUACGAACGGUGGAGCGGCCUGGGUCUGGAGCCGCAGUACUUCCCGGAUGGCGCUAACCACUACAACAAGCUGCCUAGCUGCAUUAUUCGCCGUGGAAAGAACCACUUCUCCGAGACUAUGGUGAACGAGUUCAGCGUGGAGGGCAGCGCGAAGAUGUAA